UAAUGUUUGCAUAUUAAUCUGUUUUCUCCGUUUAUGUAAAAACCUUUUUUAAAUACAAUGCAGACUAUGCGCAAAAUUGGCCUCUUCUAGUAUCUGAGAUUUGGACAUGUUUAAAGCUAGUCAGAGUCGAGCGGUUGUAAGCGUUUGACGGUUACGAACGUUUGCCUUACAUCUGGUGAAGUCUGGACGUGUGUUACUUUUCCGUUGGUGCGCAUUGGAAUUCUAUUUGAUUAAUUGCCACAAUGAAUAUGUGCUGAGUCAUUACAAUGACUUGGAAAGAAGAAGAAGCACUAAGAAAUCGGAAUUUAAUAUAGCGUUUUGUAGAGCUAUUGAUUAAAUAUUUAGACUAGCCGAACUGUAAACAUAGUCCUUCCUCUACAACGGCCCGCCACAACGUUUUGACGCAGAUGACGCAGCGCUAAAUUAAAUUGACACAAAUGCAUGCACAUUUCAAAUUUUAAUGAAAAACUUCGUAUUCUAGUUAGAAUUUCUAGUAUUUUUCUAAUGCACGACUAUGUCUAGAACAACGAUGACUAAUAUCCAUUGAACAAGUUGGAGAUAUUUAUUGAAUUAGGUGCCCGCAAGACAACGUUAAUCUGGAAGAUAGGUAAGCUUUUACAAUAAACGCGAUGUCUAACUGUAAAUAUUAUAUCGAUUAUUUGCCGUUAUUGACCGGGUCGUCGACCGAUAUUUAUUGAGUGACAUGCCUGACCUAGAAGCAUAAUUCCGCAGAACUUUGUUUCUCUAACAUAAGCUUUCCAACGUAACAGUAUUAAUAGGUAAACUUGUUAAGUGUGUAUAUGGGUGCAACACUUUGUUAGCUUGACUGUAAGAACUUAUUAGCACAGAAAUUUCUCUUUUACCUUAAUACCGCAUGGCUUAUAUGCCAGUAUUAUUCGCCUUCGUUUGUCACAUUCAAAGGCGACUGAACACGGCAUCAUCCGCACGGUCAUCAACUUAAUUAAACUAAUUUCCGAUAUUACAAUUCGAGGCGCUCAUCUCUAAUAUACGACUAGCUCAUUGUCAUAAUAUCUUUCUCGUCUUUAUUUCAUGAAAUUUAGAUUUAUGUGGCACGGCAGCCGAUGUUUUCUAUUGAACUACAUAUUUCAAUAUGGCUCUUUAAGUGCUAUUUGUUGUUCGAUUUGCUGGUGCAGGGAGAGUGCCUAUGCUGCUUUCGUGAUCUCAUGUAGCUGGUACACUUUGGUGAACAUUUUUCUAUGGUACAAAUAUAAUAUAGGAACCAUAACUUGACUUUGCGUCGGUUUUGUGCUACUGAAAGCGAGUUUACUGUUCUAACCUACAAUAUACAUGAAAAACGACAUCAUUGUAAUAAUUCAAUAGUUAAAUUACUCAUUAUCCGCUUGCUUCUCGUAUAGUGGUCAGCACAUAUAUAUUUUUUCUUUUAUGGCACAUUUGGCAAAGAGUUCAGGGGAUUAACUCUAUGAAUGAUCCUGGGCUUGACAAACGAAAAUUCGCUAGCAUAGGUCUAGACAGAAGAGCAGAGUAGCAGCUGGUUAUUGAAAAUGUUUCUCUUUGCAUACAAAACAAAGUUCGGCAUGGUUAUUUUUGUCGAGUUGUGUCCGAACUACAUCGCGUUGUGAAUACGGCAAGUUCGGCAAGCUUGAAGUCCGUUGAGGUUUGAACCCUGUUGGGCGGUUUCGUGUAGCCCGCUCCAUUGGGCGGCAGGCGAGCUGGCGAUUCGAAGCGCGCCAGCGGAGAGGGCUGUUCUCGUUUCGGAACACCCCUGAUCAACCUAUCUGAGUUAUAGAAGGGAGGUGAGCCGAACUGCGAGCAGUAGCAGUAGCGUUCAGUUGAAAGACUGAGCUCUAUAUCUGCUCUACCAUAGGCAGCCUGUUCUAGUCGAGGACCACUAGUUUAUUGUGCAUUGAGCGUUGAAAGCCAGCAAUGCUAAUGACUGGAUUGUGUCGUUGCUACAAACAAUGCUUUUAGUUUGUGCUGAUAGUACCGGCUAAUCCUAGCCAACCAUUUUCUGGUAGCGAUAUCGUUAAACAACAAAAGGGGUUAGUAUCUAGUUAAUCUUUGUCAGUUUUUUUCUAGCUUAAUUAGCCGAUAUUUCACUUUUGUGCAAACUUAGUGGUAGUACUGAUUGACUAUUAAAUGUUUGGCAGUCUAUCGUAGUCGCUGUGCAAGCAUCUUAUUUAUCUAGCUGGGUUGUGCAUCGUUAGAUUUUGGUUCGCGCAUUGUUAAUACAUUGGGAAUAUCGAUCCAGAAGCUGUACGAGCACCAACGAAAUCCAGCAGCGUGUGGACAAGCAUAACUAGAAACUAGUUUUCAAAGUGGCAAUUCUACUGAUAAAGAGGCUGGCAUCGCUCUGGCUGCCCUGUGAUUUGCUUCUGCUCUUGGUCUCAUCGUGCUGCUGGUGACCGUUGGAUCAUCACCAUCAACAGCAGCAGCAGUCAAGGCGAUGAAACGGCCAUACGUCGUGUUGAUUCGGGUGUUUCUGUUGUAAACCUAAAAUGUCAUACCGUCGUGGCGUUGGAACAGGCGCCGGUGGACUGAAGGUUCACUCUGAAAAUUUCGCCCCAACGGACACUCUACAAACAGUUCGCAAUGCCAAGAGGGGUCGAGCAGAUGAAGCUCCUAAUGCGCCGUCCGCUAAAAGAGCCGCUAACUUUACUUCUAUAGGCCUUAAGCCAGUGCAGGUAAAUCAUGCUGCACCUCGACGUACGCUGAAAGAGAAGAAUUGCAAUAGUGUAACAAAUCACAACAGCGAAUGUGUGAAGAAGGAUAUCCUCAAAGAAUUAAAGGAUGAAGAGGUGCAGGCACUCAAAGGCAACAGCAUUUCGCGCACUCAACAAAAUGGCCAGCGAUCUCCUAAAAAGAAAAUCCCACGCCAGAGGUUGACGAACGUUAUGGUCGACCUCAGUGCGGUAACUGCCCUUGACUACUAUGUGGAAAAAAAGGAUCUUCCAGAUACUGUGCCUGAUGUCGAUCGUAAGGUGAUCGAAGAUCCGAACUGUCAAGCUCACUACGCACACGAUGCGUUCACGUACCUUCGCGAACGAGAAAAGUUAUUUAUAAUAACUCCGUACAUCGAGCAGCAAGCGGAAAUGUCUCCAAGUUAUCGGGCAUUGCUCGUUGACUGGAUGGUCGAGGUGCAAGAGAUUUUCGAGCUUAACCACGAAACGCUUUAUCUCGCUGUUAAGAUCGUCGACCGCUAUCUGUCACAGAAGUCGAUUCGCAAGGUCCAAAUACAGCUGCUUGGUGGCUCUGCGAUGCUAAUUUCGAGCAAGAUGGACGAACGUGUUCCUCCAAGUCUUGACGAAUUUGUCUAUAUCUGUGACAACGCCUACGAUAAGGCAGAGUUCAUUAAGAUGGAACGAAAUAUCCUAGAAACGCUUGAUUUUGAUCUCUCAAUGCCGUUGAGCUACUCGUUCUUGAGGCGGUAUUGCCGUUCAAUUGAUAUGGAGAUGCGUGAGAUGACAUUGGCUCGUUUCAUCCUUGAAUGCUCGUUAAUGGAGUACUCAAUGGUGGGCAUGCGCGAGAGCCACGUGGCAGCCGCUGCUCUCCUGCUUGCACUCGACGUUCUCGGUAAAGAGUGGAACGAUACACUCACCUACUACACCGGCUACGAAGUCCGUGAGCUGGCCGCGCCGCGGACGAUGCUGAACAAACUCGUUCACCAUCUGAAAGGUUCAUUCAAAGAGGACAAAGGUAGUACCCGAGUCAUUGUGGAUAAAUAUUCGCAUGAAGUCUUUCACAAGGUGGCAAAAAUGGAUUUUCCUUCUUUGGAGUAAGGUGACGAACGGCAUUGCUGGAAUCGACCGAGAUGGAGAAAUGUUUUAUUUCAAAAUGCAACGACCGACUUCAAGUUUAGUCUAGGUUCGUAGAAGCCUGCUAGCGUCGACGUCGCAAUUCCUUUCUCAAUAUAAUUAUGAUCUCUACUUUAGGCUAUUUCAGGCCAUCACUGUAAAUAAUUUUUGUACAUAGUUAUAAUUGCUAUAAAUUAGUCUAGAUAUUAAUUAGUAUAAUUGCCACGAGUUCCGCAGCAAGAGCAAAAAAGAGUGCGCAUGACAAAAAAAAAUGUAAAAACACUACAAACGACACGAAUUAUGAGGCAGCUUUACGUAUGAUUAUUGAGCAAUAUUGGCUAACAUUGCACGGUGUGCCCCAUCUGCCCCCCUUCGAAUCAGUAGUUAAGUAGACCGCUCAAGUCUUUGCUUGGAUAUCUGUUAGUCCCUUAAUUACAGGUCACUCUAGUUUUUUCCAGCGUACUAAAUAGUAAUAUCAAAACGGGCUUUAAGAGAGAUACACCUGAGAACGCAUGUUUUGUUCAAAAAAUGGUUAUUCGUUUCUUAAAGAAUCAUUUCUCGCUUUUAGCUUAAUCAAAUGUCAUAUGAUAUCUCAAUUGAAAAGGAAAAAACUAGGCUUCGAAAAAUAAUUUUCUAAAUUUGAUGUAGUCGUGUGUAUUUGACAUGUAUAUGGUGUCAUUUGUCUUUGUUGAAUGAUGAACUUAUAUAAUCAAAUGCGAAUGGGGCAGACUUUGCAUGCUGCUUAUAUUAUAUAGAUGGUAUGAUGUGUCGUAGCGUGGUUUCGUAUUGUAUGAUUUGUAUAUUCCUACUGCCUGUUAGUCAAUCAGGCACUUUUUAUGAACGCCGGCUUGUACGUGCCGGUGAACUACAAUGGGUGUGGUUUGAGAUCGAAAAACGGUUCGAUCGAUACUAGUGUAAAUUAGAAUUUAAUUAAUUGAAUAUACACAUCCCAGAUAUAUUGGUACAAAUGUAUGCCAAUGUUAAUGACGGUUAUACCAAUGAUGAUAAUACUAGCAUAAUAAUAAUAAUAAUAACAACAACAACAACGAUGAGCGAGAUGGAUUACAAAAUGACACAGCCAAAUAUUGAAAUUUAGAGGUGAGGGGUUUGUUUGUGGUACCCCGCCGGCUCUGUAGCAGUCGAAAAAGAGACUUAAUUUUCAAUCAUAGACAACGUAUAGAAAUAAAUAAACGUCUGGUAGACGGUGUAGCAGGGAAAAAUCAGAUCUAUUUUUUUAAGGCUCGAAAGGAGUGACUAGUCAGAUCUCAUUUUGACUGAUAAUUUCUACUGUUUUACUUGUACUAAUAGUUAUUGGUCGAGAUGCCAGAUCAAGUUAGUUGAUAGUCUUUACAGAAAAUGUCAGCAGAUACUAUAGACUUGCACACAGUAACAACGAUACUUAUAAUUCGUAUAAGUUACUCUGUUUCAUGUCAACUAUAAGCCAAUUCUUACUUAGAAAACGUUUUUUUUCUUAACGUGUACUAUACCUCGUGCCUUAGCUACGUGAGGAAUUCCUUUUAGGCAUCUGCCUUAGCUCAUACUCAGAACCAAAUCUUGACAACAGAUAUUCAUGUAAUUACAGCAAUGUUCAUAAAAUUAAAAAUUAGCCCUCUGAAAUGUUUAAUUUCAUGAAGUCAAAUAGCUUUUGUCAGUGGUCGACAAUUCAAUUGAGUUUGCAAAAUUAAGGAGGUACCCAGGAAAUCUCGUACAGUCAGUGGCUUUUUAAACUUUUUGAAUGUUUCAUAAUAGUUUGAUGCGCCUUUAAUGCCAAGGUUUAACCUUUACAAAGAAUAAUAUAAAAUUUAAGUAGUUUUGAAGAGAGCAUCAGCGUUUGGUGAAGAAUAUAGAAGAUUGUAUCGCCGUUAAUCUAGGUAUCAUAUACUUCUUUACAGAGAGUAUAAUUUAAUUUACGACUACCGUCACGAAUAGUUAGAAUCUCGUAAUGUACAAAACAAUAUUUAAAUCUACUUGAUUUCAUACUAUAUGUAACGUCAGAAGAUACAGAGGGAAUACCACAUCGGUGCAG